ACACCAACACAGUCUGCAGGCAGGCUGCAGGCAGCAGGCAGGCAGCGGGCGGCAGGCGGCAGGCCUGCCCUUUAACUCGUCUGCGCUUUGAAGACUUUUAUUUUGUAGCUUGUUUACAUGUGUGAGGUGGAGCCGGAUGUGACGUAAGCUCCGCGGUGCGCCCCAGCUGAUCGCAGAGACAUCAGACGGGUCGUUCUUGUCGUUUGGUAAUGUUGUGACUUUCUGGAGCGCAGCGGCAGUCCGGGGCUCCCGCCGCUGACAUUCAGCGGGAAACUGCAGCGCGUGCAGCGGACACUUGAGCUCGACGAGGCCUGCUUGUUCUGGUUGAUACAUCACCAAGGCCUACCCGCGACGCUAAGCUAAUUAGCUAGCUGUCAGCGUUAGCAGGAUUCAUGAAUGUAAACUGCUGGUGAAAGAAGUGAACGGUCAGGGAACGUCUUCCCAGCCACACUCGAUCCAACGAUGGAGGUAGACGGACGUACACACAUCUGACAUUAAGCGGAUCUCGGCGACUGGAAGCCCGUGGAGCCCGUAUGUAGCCUGUCCAGGGGCCACAGAGCGCCUCCGACGUCCUCCUGUGCCAGCAGCUCUCGUCCAGCUACAAGAUGUGGCUGAAACUGUUCUUCUUGCUUCUGUAUUUCAUGGUGUUGUUUAUGCUAGCGAGGAUUUUUGAGGCGGUAGUGUGGUAUGAGACUGGCAUGUUCGCUACUCAGCUUGUGGAUCCAGUUACUCUCAGUUACAAGAAGCUGAAGACCAUCCUGGAGUGCCGAGGGCUGGGAUACUCCGGACUGGCCGAGAAGAAGGACGUGAGCGAGCUGGUAGAGAAAUCAGGAGAGUUGACCCAGGGGGAGCUGUACUCAGCCAUCAAGAAAGAGAAGGAGCAGACAGAGGCAGGAGAUGCCAGCACCACACACUUCAGUGGAGAGAUGCACUUCUAUGAAUUAGUGGAGGACACUAAGGAUGGGAUCUGGCUGGUUCAGGUUGUUGCCCAGGACCGGGAAGCUCUGCUCAGUCAGUCCAACUGGGGGAAGAUGGUGCAGAAAGUGUCUCAGUUUGGGAUCAGAACUGGAACCUUCAAUUGCUCUAAUGACUACAGGUCAUGUAUCAAGCGUGGCUGGCAGCGCUCCACUCUCAUCAUGUCCGUUCCUCAGACUUCAGCGUCAAAGGGCAAAGUCAUGCUGAAAGAAUACAACGGCCGUCGCAUUGAAACCGAACACAUCUUCCGCUGGAUGACCUCGCAUGUGGCUCAUCGAAUCAAAACCCUGCGUCAGUCUGAGCAGCUGGUGGAGGAGUGGCGCUCGGACCCGGCCCACCCCGUGAAGAUGUUUCUGUUCGCACGUCUGUCCCAGCCGCCCGCCUUCUUCUCCUCUCUGUCCGUCAAGUUCACCGGCAGGAUUGAGUUCAUCUUCGUGGACAUACGUCACUGGGACAACCACAGCAGCCUAUCAGAGAUCGGUGUGACACAGAGCCCCGCCUACAUCCUCAAGAUGCCUGAGGGCAUUUAUCGCUAUGGCAACAGUACCGGGGAGUUCCUGUCCCUGGCUGCCAUGGACACUUUCCUGCGUUCGGUCCAGCCGGAGGUCAAUGAUCUGUUUGUCCUCAGUCUGGUCCUGAUCAACUUGCUGGCCUGGAUGGACCUCUUCAUUACACAGGGAGCAACAGUGAAACGAUUUGUGGUUCUGAUCCGAACACUUGGAACCUACAACUCCAUUCUGCUGGUGUCCUGGCUUCCUGUUCUGGCUCUCCUCCAGCUGCCCUAUCUGGACACUCUGUACGGUUACAGCCUGAAGCUGCUUCGUUAUGCUGACACCACCACACUGGCCAGCCUGGUGAGAGCCGACUGGACCUUCUACUCAUCCCACCCAGCUCUCUUCCUGUCCACCUACCUGGCCCACGGCCUGCUGGUCGACUACUUUGAGAAGAAACGCCGCUGUGGCGUCAGAAGCCAAGAGGACAGCACCACCAACCUGGAGUGGCUGGCCAGCCUGUGGGACUGGUACACCUCCUAUCUGCUUCACCCAAUCGCAUCGCUACAGCAGGUCCCGUCUGACCACUCAGACUGGGAGGAUGAUCCCAACUUCUUAUUUGAGCGUUUGGCUUUCCCUGAUCUCUGGCUUCGCCCGUUAGUAAACAUGGACUACAUUAAAGCCCUGCCAACCUGGAGGUUCAGAGCUGUGGGUCAGCACAGGGGGGAGGGGUCUGAUGGAAAGCUGGACCAAGAGACAGACAGUUCACCUUCAGACGCAGAGAGUAGGGAGCAGAGGGAGUCCCCUCCUGCAGGUCCCAGCAGACCUCCGCACAGCAGCAAAAGGCACAAGAGAUCAUUGUGCAGCCAGGACAGCAACACACAGCAGUCUGUGUACAACAACAUGGACCCUGCUGCUGCUGCUGCUGCAUCCUUAGUUUGUCGCCAUGGGAACAGAAGCUCACCACCGGCUGACAGUGCAGCGGAGGACGGCUGCCUGACGCCUGAAGGUGCGUCUAACUAUCAGCGCUGUGAUUGGUCGGUGUGGCCCCGUGACGUGCUGCAGUGCUCAGAGUGUGUGGUGUGUCUGGAGAACUUUGUGAGCGAGGAGCUGCUGAUGGGUCUGCCCUGCGGCCACGCCUUCCACCAGCAGUGCAUUGUGGUGUGGCUGGCAGCAGGCAGACACUGCUGCCCGGUGUGUCGCUGGCCCAGCUACAAGAAGAAACCGCAGAGAGCUGCACAGAGCAGCUCUGCUGAAAACACUCCGCAGGACUGAUGAGGACGUCUGGCCGAGACGGCUUCGUGUCUCCUCUCUGCUCCGACACUGGCAUUGAGACGCUGUCUGUUAUCAUCGCAGCUUGCAUGGGGAGGAGUUGGGACUGGGGAGGAAUAAAGUAGGAAACAUUGUCAGUAGGGGUGAUCGGGGCCGACGUUGUCGUGAAUCAGUUUGGCCAUCGUGGCAGGCAGAUGUCUGAACUAUGAAGGGCCUGUCCCCACGGUUUCUGUAUAGAGAGGAUAUUGAUUCACACAGUAACCAUAGAUGUAGUCACAGUAAACGUCGUAGUGCAAUAAAAACAUAUUUCAAGUUUUGCUUUGUUCAUCUGGCAGAGUUGUGCUGUUUCCAGGACCCAGAGGAAGGCGGAGUGUGUUCACCCCAGAGACCAUCACAUGGUGUUGUGAUUACAGGCAGCACAAGAGGCUGCUUACUGUAUCAGGCGGACUGCAUCCAAACACACGUGUACACUGUCGGUUGGUAUUGGAACCAGAGUUCUGUUAAGAAUUGGAAGGAGCUCGGUAGAUGUAUCGGUCCGCACAGCAAUACAAUUCCGAUGAAUGAGUCGGUGGGAACUAUCGCACUCUAGGCCUUGCUCCUUUUUAUUUGACUAUCCAGAGAGAACUUGCUGCCCCCCCACUGUCAAUAGUUUCUACCUUAAUUCUGCCCUGUCACACCUCAGAGUUUGUCUCUAAUGCAUUUGGAAAUGCAGCGCCGGAGCGGUCAUCUGUCGCUCAGAACCCAAACACACAGUUUUUGUAAGCCUGCCAGAGUACAGCUACUCAGCAACACGUCACUGGAUUGUGAUGACAGAACUUUUCCACAUUAACCUCCCUGGUUCUAACCAACCUGAACCACAGAGGGCGAAUGAAGAUGUGCGUGUGAUGGUGCAGCAGCCAUGCAUAAGCAGUGCUCCCAAAACAUGAGCCACGCCUAAGUUAUUAAUAAUAAUAAUCAUUAUUUCUGCUUCUUUGUUAAAUGACAUUAAAUUGACUGAAUGUCGGCACGUGAAAAGCAAAA